UAAACCUGUCUUACAUCAAUUUUAAUACUUAUGCUGCUAAUUUUAUAUUAAAUCAUUACUUUAGAAUUACGUUAUGAGUGUUAAAAGUAAAGAAGAUGAUCAUCCUACACAGGAAUUAUCUGAUGAAGUCGGAAGUCCUAGAAAACAUUUGCGAUUAGACAAUUCAGCGAGAAAAGGUUGGAGCUUAAUUGAUAGGAAAGCAGAUCACGAGGUAUUACAAGAGAUGGGAGUCAGUCUCCUCGAGCCAGAUGACUCCGAAGUGCAGACUGAUGUGGUUUUUGACAGUGUACACCAACAUAGAGCACAGAAGAGAAAAAGGGACAUAGAAAAUAUGAAUCCCAAUGUCAACUCCACAUCUCCAAGGAAACACAGCCCCAAAAGUCCCAGGACGAAGGUGAAAAUCUGCAGCCCAGGUCCAGGACCAUCCAGGGUCAAAAGCCCUAGAAGUACAGAAAAAUUAAAACCUCUACAGCAGACAGACUUGGAAACCUCAUUGUUAGACGAGUUCCUGAUUGAUGAAGAGACGCCACUAGCUCAGUCAGUGUCGGCCAAGUACUGUGAUAUACCGCACAGCGUGGGGUUCGGUGCCGGUAGUGCCACUGGUGGGAAGAAGUCUGGUAGAUUUAUACCAUUAGGAUUAGAAGAAGAGAUGAUAAUUAGCAGGAGGAGUAAGUGUGAACCGACGGGCGGCGACUCCUUCCGGAUGCUGUCAGAUGAGAUGAUACUGAGCGUCUUCAAGUGGCUGCCGAAGAGGACCCUGGCCAACUGUAUGCUAGUCUGCAAGAGGUGGCAUAGAGUAGCGUGUGAUGAAACACUAUGGCAACGGUUGGAUUUAGGCAACAAAACAUUAUCCAAGGACGCAAUAGGCAGAAUACUGGCAAGAAAACCCAUUGUAGUUAGGCUAGCUAGUUCAGAGAUAGGCGAGUGGCACACAAGCACUCCAUUCCCGUCUCGCAUACAGUAUUUAGAUCUAAGUAUAUGUACGAUAGAUUUAGACACAUUAGACAGUCUACUGGCCUGCUGUCCAGGCCUGAAGAAACUGUCCCUGGAGAACGUCCAGCUUAGGGAUGAAACCUGCGCUUUUAUCGGCAAAUGUAAUAACUUGGAAACUCUGAACUUGACAAUGGCGCAAGGAGUCACAGCCGGUGGACUCACGUCCAUACUGGAGGGAUGUCACAAUUUACUAUCAUUAAAUCUUUCCUGGUGUGGUUUGAGUACCUCCGCGCUGACAGCGCUGGUGGGCCCUGAAGAGGAGGAGGCACCCGAGGGUUCCCCAGGAGAGGACGUCCAAAAGGAACCAGAAAGACCCGUUUUACCGAGGUUACAACGACUCAGUAUCGCUGGCGCUAGGGUACUCUCCGAUAAUAUGCUGUCGCGUCUGGUGCAUCGUUGGGAGCGACUGCUGGAGUUGGACCUGUCGGACUGCGCCGCCCUCGGCACUGGAGCCCUGGAGACCUUGAGGCGGUUGCCUCGUCUCCAUCAUCUCGCACUCAGUCGCUGCUACCUUCUACCACACGCGCUCACGAAGUUAGUCAACAUGCCAGCUAUGCAGUUCUUGGACGUAUGGGGAAUGUUACCAUCCAAAUCACUCAGCGCACUAAAAUCGGCGCUGCCUGGUAUACAAAUCAACCAGUUUAUGUUUAGCGCUAUCGCCCGACCCACUGUUGGACAACGGCGGACUUCGAUAUGGGGACUCCGCACGAGAGACUGAUGUAUUUUGGUUAUUUAUUACAAUUAGGUUGUAAAUAUUUAUAUUACGAAUUUAGUAAAGACAAUUUCAUUAAGAUAUGUUGAAACGUAAAGCUCAUAUUUAGUACACUAGAUACUCGCCCCGGCUUCGCGCGGUACAUGUAUUAUAUAUAUAAACCUUCCUCUUUAAUCACUCUAUCUAUUUAAAAGAAACCCAUUCAAAAUCCGUUGCGUAGUUUUAAAGAUUUAAGCAUACAUAGGGACGGACAGACAGCGACAGCGACUUUGUUUUAUAUUAUGUAAUGAUAUAACAGUGCAGUUUAGAGGAGCUUC